AUGGAGGGACCUACUACCAUCCCACCUGAUAUAAUCGAGCGUCAGUCGCUCUGCUUCUCCCGCCCCAUGCCUGGCAUGGUCGUACAGCAAGGCGAGAACGGCUUCAGAGAGGGACUGUCCCAGCUCUACGUGCCGGCAGAGAGCAACGCCGCCGAGCAGCUCGUCAAACUCAAGGAUGCCCUCCGCAAGGCUGAUACCGACAGCUUCUGGAUCCAGCUCACCCAAGGCCUGGCCAAGAUUGCCGACGCCCAGUACGCUUUCGUCUCCAAGCGCAUCCUCGUCGACGACAAGAAUGUUGCCGUCGAACUGCCACCCAUCGGCGAGCCUGGAGCCUGCCUCAUGGGCGAGGCUUUCUACAUCAACGACGACCAUGGCAACGGACCCGGCCACCUGAGAAACUUCAAGUACCAUGCCUACCAGUGUCCGUGUGCCUACAUGAAGCACGACAAAGUCUUCAUCAUCCCCGAAAGACUAAACGACUUUAUUCUCGACAAUCCAAACGACCUCAUCAUCCCGGGCGAGGCCUACCUCGGAAUCCCCUUGUUUGCGGAAGGAAAGUGCUUCGCCCACUUUGGUGUCAUGUGGGGUAAAGAGGGGGCUGCUCGGCGCGUGUUGAGCUGGGGAUUUCUUGAGAUGCUGUUCCAUAGCCUGGAAGACAUGAUCCUAGAGCGCGUCUUGGAAGGCAACGAUUUUGCAGAGGCUGCUGAACCAAUCCGAGCUCAGAUACCCAGGAUCGUGCCCCACAGAGCCGUCUCAGUUGCCCAGUCAUUGAAGCCUUACGCCCGGAGUCUAUCCCAUGAGUUGAGGACGCCGAUGCAGGGUGUCGUUGGUAUGCUAGACGUCAUGAUGGCAAACGUAAAAGAAGCAUCAGAAUCCCUGCAACUUGAAUCGCGGACCCGUGAGAUACUCGACACACUCAGGGAGAACAUUGAGGCGGUCCAAGACAGCUCAAGACGCGCAGUCGAAGCAGCCGACAAUGUUGUCCACGCCUAUGACAUGAACAUGGGCGUACCAGAGACCCCACUUUCGCCACUAGACAAGACGCCCGACCAGUGGAACACCUUCUGGCGCGAGAUGCGGCCGGAUCUGAUGAUUACCGGCAACGACAUGCGCGCUCCGCUACGCGGCAUCAAAAGAAGACGACACGAAGUUUCCUGGGCAGACCAUGCUAACAAGACACGCGUGGUCAAGAGUGCCCGCCAACGAGUUCGAGACACCUUUUCAGAGGAGCCUCCCAUGCGCGGCACCAAGUCCUGUCCUCCAGACGCAAGCGCUCUGGAACUGGACCGACUAGACCACACCUGCUCACACGGAACAUCGUUGGGCAAGUGUGACUCCACCACCUCGCCAAUCUUCGCAUCCGAACACUCCAAGGUCCCUGGACUGCGACACACCAACCUGCGAGAAGUCCUUCAGUACGUUAUCAACGAUGCGCUCAAAGUAGGAGGACGACCGGAUUCCGCCAUCGCCGAGGCCACGGAUACGGGAGAGCGCAUUGAAGUUCGGACGCGUAGCUCGAAUGGAGAGGCACACACCAAAUGGAUCGAGUGGACUGUUUCCGCCGAUGUGCCAGAGACAAUCGUCAUUGACGAACGGGACCUUGCUAAGAUGGUCUCUUGCCUUGCUCUCAACGCUAUCAAGUUUACACAGGACGGAUCCAUCACACUCCAAGCGACACUCAGCGCAAAAGGUCGCUACAUCGUCAUCAACAUCAAGGACACGGGCUCCGGCAUCCCGGCGGCGUUUCUGCCUAACCUGUUCAAGCCGUUUUCAAGAGAAGACGACUCCAUGACACGGCAGAGUGAGGGGCUGGGCCUUGGUCUCAUGGUCGCGAAGGGUAUUGCGAGGAAGCUCGGUGGCGAUCUCUUCUGCCUGCGUUCACAUGUGUCGGGACCCGGAAGAGGAUCAGAAUUUGAGAUGCGAGUCCCGCUUACCCCAGGCGAAAUAUGCAGUCGCCCUGCAACACCAUUUGGGUCCCCCACCCUGUCCAUCAAGUCUCGCAUGUCUAUCGAUCCCGAGGUACCUCGUCUGGACCUUGGCCGGGGCCCAGUCACCCCUCCGCUGAGUUCUGAUGCAUUCAGACACGAGCGGGAACGUCGGCCACCAAUCACACCUGUCAUCACCGCCCCCUCUGCAAGAUCGCCAGAUGACAUUGGCCUUGCUACUCCCCGCCGCACUUCAUCGCCCCCACGGCAACACUCUACUCGCGCUCUAUCUCUGGAGCGGGACGUCGUGCCAACCGAUCUCGGCGAACAGCUGCCCCUCAACAUUCUGGUCGUGGAUGACAACGCUAUCAACCGACGCGUCUUGGUGAGCAUGCUCGGCAGGCUGGGCUACAAGAACAUUACCACGGCAUUCAACGGUAACGACGCCGUCGAAACUGUUCGUCGCAAUGCGCUCGCGCCGGCUUCUGAAGCAUUUGAUGUCGUCCUCAUGGACCUGUGGAUGCCGCUGCUGGACGGCUUCCAAGCUACCGAGGUGAUUCUGAAGAUGCCCGAGCUCGUGCGAAAGCCGACCAUCCUGGCCGUCAGCGCCGACAUUACGGAUGCCGCUCUGGACAAAGCAGUCAAGAGCGGGAUGAAGGGCUUUGUCACCAAGCCCUUCAUCACCCGAGACAUUGCCCGAUUGAUUCGGACAUACUGCGCAAGCCAAUGA